CCCUCCUCAGAGUCACAGCCAUCCCUGGACGGGCCCAGCACCAGAGCAGUCCUCUGCACAGCCUGACAGUCAUGAGUGGGGAGCCCAGCGAAGACGACGACCAGGAUGUCUCCGGCACCCCGUUUAACCCCUUCCUGCACGAGUUCCAUCCAGAGGGCUUCUGGCAGAAAUUCCGGUUCUAUGUCCUGGGCCCCAUUCUAUUCCCCAUACGUUUCCUACUGGCUGCCAUCUUUCUGUUUCUCAUGUGGCCAAUAGCUGCUCUCAGAGUUGCAGGCAUGACAGAAGAAGAGCUGAGCCGCCCAAUACGACAUAGACGCACCAUUCUACAUCACUUGAUUUACGUACUGAGCCGCACUAUGUUCUUCAUGUGUGGCUUCCACUGGAUCACCAUCCGUGGCCGCCGUGCCUCCAGCUCUGAGGCCCCACUGCUGGUUGUGGCCCCUCACUCCACCUUCUUUGACCCCAUUGUUACUGUGGUGUGUGACCUCCCAUCAGUUGUGUCCCGAGUGGAGAACCUCAACAUUCCUGUGAUUGGAGCUCUGCUUCGAUUCAAUCAAUCCAUUAUGGUGUCCCGACAUGACCGAGCAUCAAGGAAAAAAGUGGUGGAGGAGGUGAAGAGACGAGCAACCUCCCGUGGGGAGUGGCCUCAGCUUUUGUUUUUCCCAGAGGGAACAAAUGGGAAUGGACAAGUGUUACUGAAAUUUAAGCCAGGAGCCUUUGUGGCAGGAGUGCCUGUUCAGCCAGUGCUAAUGCGAUACCCUAACAAACUGCCUGCAACAGUUUGGACAUGGAAAGGAAAUGGAGUGUUCAAAGUCCUCUGGCUUACAAUGUCCCAGUUUUAUAUUAACCUGGAGAUAGAGUUCUUGCCAGUUUACAAUCCAAGCCCUGAAGAGAAAGCAGAUCCUGCAUUAUAUGCAAGAAAUUUACAGACGUUAAUGUCAAAAGCUCUUGGCAAACCAGCAACAGAGUAUGAGUUGAUGGGAGAUACACCAGUAGCACCUUUAGGACACUUGAAAGUGCCAUUGGACCCUAAAAUUUGGGAACUGGGAAAAAUCCUACGAAAGGCUGGGUUCUCAUUUGACAGUGUGCAAGGGUUGAUUGAUCUCUGUCUGGAGGGGGUAUGUUCUCGUGUGGGACUAGAAGAACUAGCAGAGAAGCUGGGGCUCACCCAGACUGAUGUCAUUUCCAGAGUCUUCAGUUACUUUCCAAAGGAUGCCAGUGGAAUGAUUGACUUUCGGGAGGUUUCACUGGUUCUAGCAGCCCAGGAUGCUACACGUUCUGCAGAGGAGUUAGCAAAGUUGGCAUUUGAUCUGUUUUCUACCUGUGAUGCUGAUGGCCGCUUUCUGCUAUCUGCUGAAGGCUUUUCCACCAUGCUGCGCUCAUUUGUGGGUUCACCUCCUGCAGAAAGUGGCAAAGUAUAUGCUGAGCUGUGCACUCAUGAAACUCCAGGAGUUGACCGAGAUGGAUUUCUUCGAUUUGCUCUCCGCCAUCCAUGCUACCGCCACCUUUUCCUGUUCUAUCUGCGCCCUCCAGCUUCCGGGCGCAAGAAGCCAUCCCGUGUACAGCAGAAUGGGAGCUAUGCCGGGAGACACGCUCCUGGGACCCAGCUCAAGUCUGAUUGACAUGUGGGGGGGUUUUAAUGGGGGUUGGGGAGGUGGGGAGGGGGGGGACUCUCCUGUGAUGGGAUGAGAUAUUUUUAUGGGUUUAUUUAGGCUGGAGUACAACUGCUUAGCAGUUCUCUCCAAGUGAGAAAAGGCAAUAUGAUUGAGAUUCUUUGUAGUGUCUAAACUGGGAGUCUUAUUGAAGGAUUUCAAGGUUUUCUUGGAAAUGCUUGCCUGCUAGAUUUUAUGAAUGGCAACCAAACUCCCAGACUUCAAAAAGUGGUAUUGUUUUUAAGGUCAUGGACUUGUAAGAAUGCACAUGUUAUGACAGCAAUGUUGAAGGAGCAAUACUUUCUGUGUGUAUAGUUGGUGCAAGUGCAGAUUUGGGGUAUUAUUAACACCCCCAAACUCUCAGGUCUCAGGGAAACAACCUCCCUUCCCCCAGAGAAUUUUACAUUUUUACCAUUAUUUGGAUGUUUUAUUUCUGACUGCUCCCCAUGUAUUACUGCUCUCGUUAUGGUUCUGAAUGAUAUUAUAAUUAUUUUUCAUAAAAA